GCCAGGGCCCAGGCGGGUGGAGUCGGGAGCGGCGACGGCGGAGGCGGAGGCUCGGCUGGUUCCCUGCGCUACCAUGGCGUUCGGAAAGAGUCACCGGGACCCGUACGCGACCGCCGUGGGCCACCUCAUAGAAAAGGCUACAUUUGCUGGAGCUCAGACUGAAGACUGGGGCCAGUUCAUGCACAUCUGUGACAUAAUUAACACUACCCAGGAUGGGCCAAAAGAUGCAGUGAAAGCUUUGAAGAAAAGGAUUUCCAAAAACUACAAUCAUAAAGAAAUCCAACUCACCUUGUCACUUAUUGACAUGUGCGUGGAGAACUGUGGUCCGAGUUUCCAGUCUCUGAUUGUGAAGAAGGAAUUUGUUAAAGAUAGUCUAGUUAAGCUGCUGAAUCCCAGAUACACCUUGCCAGUAGAUAUUCAGAAUAGAAUUUUGAAUUUUAUUAAGACUUGGUCGCAGGGCUUCCCAGGAGGCGUGGAUGUAAGUGAGGCGAAAGAAGUGUACCUGGAUCUUCUUAAGAAAGGUGUUCAGUUUCCUCCAUCAGAUGCAGAGGCUGAAGCGGCCAGAGAAGAGACUGCUCAGAUCUCACCAAAUCCGUCAGCAUCUGUUCCUACUGCACCGGCUCUUUAUUCUAUGGUUCCCAAGAGCUCCACUGUUACACUGGUCCCAGAACAGAUUGGAAAACUGCACAGCGAAUUGGAUAUGGUGAAAAUGAAUGUGAGAGUGAUGUCUGCCAUACUGAUGGAGAAUAUUCCUGGGUCUGAAAACCGGGAAGACAUGGAGCUUCUGCAGAAACUUUAUAAGACUGGUCGGGAGAUGCAGGAGAGGAUCAUGGACCUGCUGGUGGUGGUGGAGAAUGAGGAUGUCACUGUUGAGCUGAUUCAAGUGAAUGAGGAUUUGAAUAACGCCAUCCUUGGGUGUGAGAGGUUUACUCGAAACCAACAAAGGAUUUUGGAGCAAAAUAAGAACCAGAGGGAAGAUGCCAAUACUACCAGUGAACCUUCUGCCCCGUCCUCUGAUCUCCUUGACCUAAGUCCUAUCCCUCGGAUGCAUAGGGCCUCUCUGGGAGAACUCAACACCCUGAAUGCUCAGCUUUCAGACUUAAAUUUCAGCUCUCCAAGUCCUGUUGUAACAAACAACUUGAAACCCAGUCUUCACGCACAGGUGGAUUUACUAGCCUUGGAAAAUACAGAAACACCCCUGAGUGUUCACAGUUGCUUGUUGAAGCAUUUGUACAGUAGCUACUUUAAAACCUCCGUGGGACGGUUUCAUCAUCUCUGUCCGCUAGAUGUCAGCCUCUGCUGGUUGUCUUUUCUCUUGCAAGUUGAAAUUUUCACAGUUCUUCAUAUGCAUAGUAAUUUGGGGUUGUAUCUUGGACAUUUUUAAUGUUAUGAUACAAUCGCUCUUAUUUAAAUUCUGUCAGGAAUGUUGAUAUUUUGCUUUUAGUAGGCAAGCAACCUCUUGAGGUUUAUGCUGCAGUUGCAACCUGCCUUCUGGGUGCUUUGGUUCCAAUGGCAGUUAAGUUUUCAGAGUCCCUGCAGUGCUAUUCAGAUCUGUCCCAUGUGUGUGCCACCCAGUAGUCAGUCUAAGGUCUGGACAGCAGGCUGUGUGUGUAAUUCUCAACAUCUUUGGCAUCAGCCAUGGAUGCACAGAUCAGGGUGUGAAUCCAGGAUUUCAUAAACAACUUGGAGGUUGUUUUCCUGAAUUCCUCCCUCGUCAUGAUUUCUCUGAUUCUUGGCUUUCCUGGGACUCCCUUUAUUUUGCUUCUUCAGUAAGAAAGCUGAAGAUUUACUAUGCCGUGCAUUUCUCUGACUAUGUUUUGGGGACCAGACGGCAGCACAGAAAGGAUCGAAGAAACACCAGAGGUUUGCCCCAUCCUCUUGGCAUCACAGUUCCACCUGUUAGAGAGGAGGGUUCCCCUCACUCAAGAGUUUUAAGCCCCUGUGGGUCCCUGUUACCUCUGCUGUCACUGCAGCCACCUUGGGAUUGCCUAGGGUUUGGAGUGAGAGAACAAAGAGGAGAAGAGAGCUGAGGGAUUUCCUCACUGCCUCUGAGCAUCGGGAUUUCCCUUUCCUGGUCCUUGAGAAAGAACGAGAGGCUUCUACUGGAGCUCUGCCUGUCCGCACUGCCACUUUCGGGUUUUAGGCUGCAUUGCAUCCUGGUUAGGGAACACCAGAGGGGCAAAAUGUGGUUAAGUUCACCAACAAUUCAGUGAUACUCAAAUUCUAGUCUUCUCUCCCAAUCAGUCUGUAACUACUAGUAUUUACUUUUCAGUCCUCAGAUAUUUAUUUGUCUCAUGCGUCCUGUCUAGGUUUAUUGUAGUUGCAUUUGGUGGGAGAGACAGGACAAGGUGUGUUUACUCCAACUUUACCCUCAACUGUCCCCACUUCGUAACCUCUACUCUGCAUUGCCCCUCAUUCUUCAGGAAGUGAUGGGGUGGUAGCCACUCUGACACAAAGGCUGAAGGCUCUGCUGACAGACGCAGUGUGCACGCUCCAGGGUCUCAGGGCGACCACUGUCAAGGGACAGUGCUUUGCCUGCGCUCUUGGUGGGACUUGGGCGUCACGACCCGGUGGGCACUAAAACCAAUGGCAGUUGUUCUGUGUGUGCAGUCUGAAGGUACAUUUUAGAUUUUGUUUUUAGACGAGGAAAGUCAUCUUCUUGCAUUUGUGUCCUCACUGUAGGGUAAUCAUGCUGUGUUAUCACACUA